UGCAGUUGCGGUGUUAAACAUUUGAGAGCAUUUAGAGAAAUUUUAAAACCAUCAAAAAGAAUUAAAAAAGAAACAACAGGCCACUCCUGCAUUUCUGUCAGAUGUUAAACGUUUAAGGUAGUGCAGUGGCCCACCUAAUCCAAAUUUAAUAGGUGUUUUCUUGAUAAAGCCAAUUACGUAAAAUCUGAAAAUGAAUUUCUUUAUUUAAAAUUGAGUCUGGGAGGACUUGUUACUUUUUAUACUUGGGGAUUAAUUGGACAUUAAACUAUAAACUAAAAGUUUUACUCUAGGAUUUUGCAACAGGUUUAUCUCGAUUUGGUUUCUGCCUCAAGAAAACCCAACUUUUAUUUGUAAAAGUGAACGUGGUUUAUUGCAUCGUUAGGGGUGUCCCUCAGGAGGUUACUGUAAAUACUAUUGCUUUACUAAUUCUUUAUUUUGGAAUUUGAGUUUAAGGUUAAGAAAAAAAAGUCCCAUUCAGCUGCGUUAUGUUUAGACGAAAAGAAAAGCAUCAAAUGAAGGCAGUUGAUCUCGGCAUUAACAGCCAAGCAUGUACUCCACGUAUCCCACAGCCUGUCCUUCCUGCAGACACUUUAUAAAGGUCAGAUUUGAGCUCAGAGUGUUGUUAUUAUCGCCCGUUGUGGCGGGGGGCGGGCUUACGAGCCGCUGCGCGCUGAUUGGACGUGAUGCACUCCCCUGUGGCACAUGGUUCCGUUUUGUGUGUACGCGCAUGCGCAGCGACCCCUCUCCGCUGAUAUUUUAUUUACUCCCGAAACCCAAGAUGGCUCCUGUGAAUGUCUCAGCCCCAUAGCGAACCGAGGAUGAGAGUAGCUGCUGAAAAAACAACUUUCCCUCGACCGUCGCAUCCCCUGGAGUUCAAUCCGUAUGCUGCGGAGGAGGCUCUAACGCCCGUCUAGGCCCCGAGCAGCCGUCGGAGCACAGCGGAACCUUCUUCAAUCCACCAAUUUGGAGUAGUUUCGCGAAGUAGCUCUUCUCGGCGUCGCUGUCUGUCCGGAGUGAGGUUCAGGCAGGCGGGCAGGCAGCUCAUCCUAAUGGCCGAACCGAGAAAAGUACAGUUUGUCACCCUGUCGGCCUUCGCAGCUGGAACAGCCGCGGAGUCUAGGAAACGCCGGCUGGAUGAGGAGGCCGACUUCAACUUCGACAGAGCCGGGGAGGCUGAGGCAGGCGGCGGGGCAGGAGGCAGCGCCAGUAACGGUCGUCUCGGUAAAACCAGCGACAGGGACAAGGCUGCUGCCGAGAGGAGGGCGACCGUGCGGCUCAACCUGUCCCUGUCCGAGCCCGACGAGCGAACCUCCGCCGAAUUUAAUUAUGGCGAACUUAUUCAGAACCUCCAGAAUAAAAGCAAUCUUCCAAGUCUGACCUCCUCCCUCAACCGCCUCAAUGAUGAUGAGGAGGAGCGUGAGCGGCUUGAGGUCGAAGCCCUGGCAAAAAAGUUUGAAAAUAAAUAUGGUAACACGGGUAUGAAGAAGAGAAAAGACCGGAUGCAAGAUCUGAUUGAUAUUGGGUUUGGUUAUGAUGAGACGGACCCAUUUAUAGACAACUCUGAAGCUUAUGAUGAGCUGGUGCCUGCCUCCCUGACCACAAAGCUCGGCGGGUUUUACAUCAACACGGGCACGUUGCAGUUCAGAGCGGCCUCUGACUCAGAGGGAGAGGAGGACAAGAAGCUGAACAAUGACAAGGAGCAGGCGAUGAAGAAGAGGAAGAAGAUUGAAGUGAACUGUGUGGAAGAGAAGAACCUGACGAUGAAUAAAGUAACGAAACAAGGAGUGACGACUCUCAACCUCCAACGACCAGAGAAGAAGAAGAGAAAGAAACUGAUGAAGGACUCGCUGUACCUGGCGGCCAUGCUUCGCCGUUUCACCCGGGAAAAAGAAGAGAUAAAGAAGCGAAAUCCCAGCAUAGAUCAUCUCCGUUUGGCAGCCGGUACUGCCAGCAAACCCCCAAACCCCGGCAACGCCACCCAACUCCCGUUAGCCUCCAACUCCACCCACCUUCAGGGCGGUGCGUCCACCGGCAACCUACCGCUCACUGACCUCACCUCUGACCCCGCCGUGAUGUCACUGCUGGGCUCCGCCAACGAGAAGGAGCUGCAGGAUCUCCUGGGAGAUCUAGACUUUAGCUUGUUGGACACUGACCAGCAGCAUGCCGUGGUGACAGCCAGGGAGAACGGCAUUAUGGGUAUUGGAGUUCCCUCCUCAAAAGCAGUGGGAGGAAGCGGCCAAGGACGAAGCCUGGCGUCUUCGGGCGGGUUGUUUUCUCCGCUGCCUGACGGACUUCCUGCUCCUCUAAUUAAACGCAUCGAGGACCUGCGGGCGGCCUCGCGGCAGUUUGAUCAGGAGGGCAGGAAGAAAUUUUUCACCCUGGACAUGAAUAACAUCCUCCUGGAUAUUGAGCUGCAGGUCCAGGAGCAGCCUCCUGGGAUUCGCUCAGACAUCUAUUCGCACAUGGAGGCGUUUGUGCCGUGCAACAAAGAGGCGCUUCUCAAGCGCCUGAAGAAGCUCAGCCUCAACAUCCAGGACGACCGGCUGCGCGCGCCUCUGCUGAAGCUGAAAUUGGCUGUUUGUAGCGCGAUGCCUGAACAGAUUGCAAAAUAUAACAUGGAGUGCAUGGCCAAAGUUGCAAAGCAUCAGUCGGGGGAGGGGGAUAGGAACGGCUCAGAAGAGGAAGAUGACGAGAAACCUGGAAAACGAGUGAUGGGACCUAGAAAGAAGUUUAUCUGGGACGACAUGCUCAGGACGCUGCUGUGCAACCUGGUCCGUGUCAAGCUGAGCUGCUAUGAGAUGGAGAACCAGUGCACUCUGUCAGUGGAGGACUACCUCAAGGCCUUCUUGGAGAACGAGGUCAAACCACUGUGGCCCAAAGGCUGGAUGCAGACCAGAAUUUUGCUCAAGGAAAGCCUUGCAGUUCAUGGUCACCUCACUGGAAACCUAGUCAGAAGGAGAGUGGUGCCAGGACCCAAGGCCAAAGCCAAGGACGGUUUGUGGAUCAACAAGCUGCCUCUCACUAUGACCUCUAACCUUGCUGUGACCUCUGCCCGCCAGCCCCUCCUCAUGGCGUCGCCCCCGGAGCCUAUAUGUCUGUCGGACUCUCUGGACGAGGACCUGACCGCUCCGUCUCUGGAUUCCAUCUCCCACGCUCUGGCGUUGCUUAGCAACGCCUCCAAGGGCCUGGGCCUGGCCGACAGCCCCAUGUCACCGCCCCCCCUCCAGAUGCCCACCUCCUCGCCGCCGCCCGUCGCCCCUCACUACCCCGCCGUCUCCCAGUUGGCCACCUCGGCUGCAUCCACGUUGCAGCAGCAUUCCCUGGUGAAGGCGGACCCCACUCCUCUUCCUCCUCCUCCGGCUGCCUCUGUUGGGAAUGUAUCAGGAACAUCUUCCUCUACCUCCUCCUCUUCUUCUACUCCUCCUGUUGUCUCCUCCAUGGUUCGCUUGCACACCCCCGGCCUCUCGUUGGCCUCCAGGACUGCAGAUUGUCACUAUGGGCAGGUGGUGAAGGGCUGCCUGGCUCAGACUCAGAGACACGUUACCAUGGCAACGCCCAGUCACAGGCCAGCUGCAGCAAUGGGGAAGAUGCACCCGCAUCCUUCUCCUUCGCCUCCGAAGCAGCGGCCUCCGCCCACUGCUUCCCCUCUGCUGCCCCCUCACCAGAAAGGCUUCACCUGCCCAGCAGGGAUACUGGGAACAUUGGGAACACUGGGAGGCGUUUCCAAGAGCACCGUCAAACCCAGCGGCGGCGUCAGCAGCAGCAACGGCGGCGGCACCCUGAGCGGCCCCGUCCAGCCGCCUUCCUCCUCCUCGCCUUUGUCGCGCUCCAACUCUACAUCCCACCACGUCCCGCAGUCGUUCCACCCGCCGUCCCCGGCCCCCUCCUCCUCGCCGUCCCCCACCUCCCAGAGUAAACCCCAGUCGCACCAUCACCACCAGGCCAACUUCAUCACGCCCAUGCAGGCCACUCUCACCAAGUCGUCCCUCAGCAGCAACUCGUCCCCCAUCAUCAAGCUCACCCCUCGGCCCCCUGUGCCCACGCCGCCCCCGUCUUCCUCCCCGUCCCCAUCAUCCUCGCCGUCACACCAACUCUCCCAUCAGCAACACCAGUACGCUUCCAAAACCCCCAAAACCUUCCGGACUCCCUUCAGCGUGUCGGGCGGCGGCCCGGUGAAGCCGGUGCCGCCUGUCAGCUGCAGCUUCAUCCAGAAGCCUCAGCCGCCGCCCAGCAGCAGCGCCAACAGUAAGGGAGAUAAAACUCCGCCCUCUUCCACAGCUUCUGUCUCGGCCAAUCAGAGGCAGAGGGUCUCGGUGGGCGGGGUCAUCCAGAGCUCUAAGGCGGGAAAUGGCUGGGCACCUUCAGGCACUCUGGCUACGUCUGCUACAACGUCGCAUCUCUCACAGGUAUCUGCUGCAGGCUCUCCUCUCCUCACCAACCACUCUGCUCUCCCUCUGGGCUUCGGCAUGAUGGGAGGUCUGGUUCCCGUCUCUCUGCCCUUCCAGUUUCCCCCGUUACUAAAUUUCAGCGCUCCUGGAGCUGCAAGUGCAGCUAGCAUGGGCUCAACCCCCAGCUCCAACUCAGGAUACCCUCUAGCACAGAGCGACCUAAUGGAUCUGUAUAAGAGCCUCCAGUCAGGGUCGCAGGCUGCCCUACCUCCUCACUUGCAGCUUGCUUUUUCAGACUCGAACCAAAGCCAGAAGCGGAAAACCCACUGACCAAUAAGAGCGCAGGAGGCGAUGGGCGACGUCACAUGCUGACCAAUCGGAAGCCUCCGCUCCGAUGGACUGCCAGGAGGAAGGGAGGGGGCGGAGCUCCAGCGUCUCCUUGGUUACAAACCUGAAGGAGGUUGAGUUUCUCCUCCCUACGAGCGGUGGCGGCGGCGGCGGCGGCGGCGGCGAACCUAGACCGAGUGAAUGAGGAGAGCGCUUCCUUUUGUUGAGUUUUUAUUUUUGUCGACAUGUUUACAUAUGACUGACCUCGAUCACUGUGGAAUGAGUGUGAAACGGCGUAGAGCAGCGGUACGCUCCAUUUUAUGAUUUAUAUUUAAGGAAUAUGUAGUAUUACAGGACGCUUCUUAUCACAAAGGAAAACAAAACAAGAAGAGCAGGAAAUGAUGUAAGUUUUUCUGUUUUUUCUUCUGUUGAUCGUGGGAAUCGUCGUGUCCGUUUCUCUGCUCCCACUGAUGACUGUUAAGUAGUAGCUUAAAUUAAUACUGAUAAAUUAUUUUUUAAUUCACAGGGACAAAACCAUGAGUGUGAGUGCUGAGGUUGACUUGAAUGUGUGUUUGUACAUAGAAGAAGAGCAUAUAAUACUGUUAAUUUCUAUCCAGAUUAUCAUCUAAGGACUCGUUCCCCUUUCACAGUGACGAGCAAGCGAAGGUUGACGGCCGUCUCUUUGCUCAGCGUGUUUUUGGUGCUGUUUAGUCACACUGGACCUUUUUUUUUUCCUGGAUUACUAAACAAGAAGAAGACGACAAAAACUUGAAUUGAGAAAGUUUAACGAUCCUCUCUGAGCGGAGGAAAAUGUUUUUUUUUUCUUUGUGUUCACGCCUGUGAGCGCGCGGAGGAAACAGGAUUGUAGCCUACUUGAAUCUUUUGUUUUUAAUGUUUCACUGCUUACUUACUCAAACCAACUUACUAUAACAAAACGCCUUAGUUUGUAUCGAAUAAGUAUGAAAAAGAUCUAUGCAGGACUGAAAAAGCUCAAUGCAAAGUGCAAGUCGUCGCGUGGCUUUCAAUCUACUCAGCUCGUCGGCGGUGGGAUUGUUUUACACGACACUGUUUCUUUCUGGCGUGUUCACAUGGAAAACAAAGUGAAGUUUACAGUUUAAAAGUAACUUUUCAAUACUUUAACAGUUAGCCUCCAUGUGUUUAUAUAUUAGCUACAUGCUAACCCUGCUAACACCUGCCAUCUUGCCUUGGUGAUGAGUGUUAUCAGAUUGUUGUGGAGGAAUUAGUGUUCUUUGUGUCAUGCUGCAAUAUCUCAAUCAGAUUUAAGUCCAGACUUUGACUAGACCACUGCAUAGCCCCAAGACACUUGAACUUUAAGCUGCAAACUAAUGUCACAAUAAGCAAUAAAUCAAUUAAUCGCAUGAUAAAUUAAAAUGAGUCGGUAGAGAUGCUAGUUUUUAAUAUGGUGGAAAAGUCGGCAUUUUGAGAAUGGUGAAGACGUUGGUUUGCACUGCCUGCCUCUUUUGCCUGUUUUCCCUGUCGAAACUGAAUAAUUGUUUUUUUUAAUCCAGUUUUGGUUUCAGAAACUUCAUAAUCCAUUUUAAUAUUGUUGUUUUGUUUAUUUGGAAUAUUUAAAAUGUUUUCCAGUUAAAUGUUCUUUACAAAUUAAAAUAAUUUUUAUCUUUAUGAGGGCGUACUCACAUUAAUAUGCCAUUAUUAUUAUUAUUAUUAUUAUUAUCACUAUAUUAGUUAGAAAUAACUAAUUUAAUUUUGAAACUAAAAAUAGUUUCAAAAUGACAAUAUUAUCCUAUAUGGCAAUAAUUUCUGGGACAAUUUAUUGUCCAUCAAAAUGUAACAUGACAGGCGACUAAAGGUCAGAUAUUUUGCUGACAAGAGCAAAGAAAAUAAACAUUUUAUUACCUAAAAUGCAACAACAGCGUUCCUCUAGUGAACGUUUAAUCAUUUGUAGUAAAGGAUGCAUCUGCAGUUAAAAAAUAUUUCUAACAUCAACAUGUGAAAAACCCAACCAUUUCUGCUCGACUCAACAGUAAUACAGUUUAGAACUGAUCGGUUCAUUAAUUACUUUAUUAACUGGUUAUUAAUUGGAUAGUAAAAGAUACUGAACAGGUUUUUAAAAAUAAAUUUGUAAGAAUUUGAACCAGGUGAAGCUAAACGAUGCUAUUUGAUUCGCGGGAAAACCAAAGGUCUUUAUUUUAAAUGCAAAAUGUAUAUAUAUAAUAUUCUGUAGUUUUGACUUUAUUGCUGCUCAAAUGGCCUUUAGAGUCUAAAUACUUCAGUUAACAAUUAAUCAAUGACUAAAUUAGUUGAUUAUUUCUCUAAUCGAUUCAUCUAGAUUAAUCUGAAUGUUUCAGCUGCACUGCUGGCAAAUAAAAGCCAGGUUUCAGGGUCCUGAAGCCCAGACUUCAGGACCCAAGCAAACAUAUUUCACAGUUUGUGAGUUUUUUGUUAUUUUUUCAAAGCUGUCAAUUUUAAACCAGAUGCAACACGAGACAAUUUGAACAAAUUUAGCUUUGGUCCGGUCAAUCUUCAGAUUAAUUUUCUAAAGUUUUCGGCUUUGAAAUGUUUCUAACUACGCUUUUUUUUUUUUUUUUUUAAUCAAGUGUCUGUCUUGCUGAAUCAUGAACUUUGACCUUAAAUGAGGUACGAAUUUGUCUUAUUUAGAUUUUUAUUUUUAUUGAGGCUCGCAGGAUUAAACUUCACUUUGCUUUCUCUGAACACUGGUAGCAAAACCUUCCCUCAGAUGAAUACCUCCGUUUACAAAAUAAACGUUCUUCCUGACUGUCUGCUCACUCUGUCCCACCCUGCCCAUCGUGUGUGUGUGUGUGUGUGUGUGUGUGUGUGUGUGAGAGAGACCAGCCGCACCAAGAAAGACGCCAAAGAUUGUUGUGUUGUAUCUCGUUGUGAUGGGGUGCUGCUGGUCUGACUGUACCUCUGUGACUGUUCUCACAUUUCCAUGUGAACCCACCGCGUGUCUGUGUGACCCUUGACCCUUGAUGUGACUUCAUGUGACCGGAGCUGUGGCUGACAUUCUUCUACAUUGUGCUUUUUUGGGGAAAGAAUGGCGGUCUGUGUUCAUCUGGUUACUUAAUUUAGUCUUUUUUGUAGCUUAUUUUUGUGUCUAUGAUGAAAUUAAAACAGAUGAUUUUCAUGAGA